AUGAGCUCGGACUGCGAAAGUUACUAUAGCAAAGAAAAGGUGUUCGUGGAGGGCUUCACGUGCCCGAAAGCGGACAGUGACACCGCGGCUCUUUUCUGCUGCGGGUUCAAUGACUUGAAGUACUGUUGUGAUGACCCCAACAGCUUUUUCCCGUAUGAAUAUGGAUACAUGUGGUGGUUGAGUUUCGGAGCUCUCGUGGGUCUCUCUGUGGCAGCUGUGGUUCUUCUCGCCUUCAUCGUCACUCUGUGUGUCCUCUGCUAUCUCUUCAUCACCACCAAACCAAGAGGUCUGGACAAUGGGCUGCCGCUCCGAGCGCCAGGCUCUUCAUCAAGUCCACAAAGAGCAGGACCGAGCCAUUCUAGCGCCCCCGCUGGUCCUCAAGGCCUCAGGAAACACUUCCUGAGGGGCAAGCUGGACUGUGACAACCAGCCCCCGGACCCUGACCGCCUUUUCCAACGUUGUUUCAUGGCCACUGUGACGUCCAUCAAAGUGGAGGGCCCUGCAUAGCCGGUCGGGACUGUUUGUCUCCUCAAUUGUGUGGUCGCUCCGAAGUUUCUCAAUGGCAGCCCUUUGAAACAUUCUGUGUGGCCUCCCCCAGUGAAUGUAUUCUGUAAUACAUUAUAUUUUAAUCAUCCGCUGUCCAUUUCCACACAUUUACAUUCCAUUGGCUACAUUUAAUAUGCUACUCGGCCACUGCGUCAAACUGUGCUCCGCCAAACAAGCAGCUGUCGUGUUAGGAAUGACAACUUGUAGAAAGUUACCCGUUACGUGGCAACCAGAUGGAGAGUUGGUGAGGGGCCGCUCGGGGAAAGAGACAUAUGCUGAGAACCACUGGUGAAAUCAAUAUAAUUGAAUCCUGAUCCUUUGAGAUGAAUAGUUUAAAUUGGCUUUGUAUUGAUGAGAUGGGCUAAAAUAAAUUUUUAUUUCCCUAGAAAUCUCCUUCAAGUCCAGAGGCUAUUUUUCUUAAAAACUGAAACACAUAUGUAUAAUUAAUUCCUGAGAUCCAACAAGAAAUUACCUCAAAAAGCUCUUUGAAUGAUGAUUAACCAAACAACAAUUUAGCCUCGGAUAGGAUUUUGUUGAACCUGAGAGAUAAAAAAAUGAAGGGGAUUGUGUUCAAACUGCCUUUGAUUGACACAAGCCUAUAUAUUUGAGUUAAUUUCCAAAGACACCUUUCAUGUUCAUAUCGCUACGCAAUCUUAACUACACCUUUUUAUUUGGCAACUUCGCUCCACUCCGGGAGAAAGAGAAGCUUCUUUUUUUCAGCGGUUCGGCGCACUUCAAAGGCUGUUUUUGUUGUUCUUAUUUUUCCGAUCGCUCUCGCAUCGCCUCGUUAUUUCCAAUUGAGUGAGUUUUGAUCCAGAGGGUUAAACAACAAGAAACCAGAGCUAUCAGUGCACUUUUAAAUCAAUUUUAGCACAACCAUCCACUUGGACUCGAGGAUGAAUUCAUUCGGUUUUGGAGAUUGAGGGUCAAGGUCACUGUUAUCAUACAUCUGUCCCAUUCUUACCAUAGUUGGUGAUUGGAUACGCUCAGCGCGUCUGUCAUAUGUGUACCUGACCCAAUGUGUGCUGCCUUAAUGGUUGGUGUUCAUAUAUAUUUUGUUUACAGACUAUAAAACAUUACAUUACAUUUCCUAUCAACUCCUCACAAGAAAAAGUCCCAAAUUAUUAGUGUUGAUUUCUCUUCCUCCCUGCAGUAUUAGUAGACUUUGUUAUUGAAGAGUAGCCGCUGAAAAAGGACGACGGAAGCUUACGUAUGAUACAUUUUAUGGACUGUGCACACGUCACUAAAAUCCAAACUCAAUGCAAAUCAGGCCAACCUGGCAUGUGGUCUGGUUGAUUGAAUCCCAAUGGGAGCAAGAUGCGACCACGGAGCACAUGAGCCACAUUUACAACAUAGUUGACAACAAUAUCAGCAUGGCACUCAUAAUGGCAUCGUCUGUGUGACGGUCGGUCCUGACUGAAAUAUCUCAACGACAAGAACCCUUUAGCAGCAACAGAACAAACCCAUACGCAAAAUUGUCCCAUUUGCUUUGCAAUCUCCAUGUAAGUGCUUCGUUGAGUGUCAAAGUCGAGGAAAGGAUACAAUCUACAUCUCAUACCCAACUAUCAGUCGGAGGCUUUUAUGUCGCUGAAGGAGAAACCAGAGCUUUAUAUUGUAGCUGCAGAUUCCCAUGUCGGGUCAUGGCAGCUCUGCUCAUUUUAAGAAUAAUCGUGUAAUGUGUCAAUCUCUCUGUUGCCUAACAAAUGCACAAGGUCAUUUAAGACCAGUAGCACUGCCAGUUAUGCUUAAUACCAUUGUAUUUAUAGAAAUAUAUUGGGCGGCUCAAGUGCCUCACUGAUUAAUGUGUAUUUUCCAUAAUUAUUAUUAAAGCUAUGAACCACACUU